AGAAUCCCAAAACCUGUGUGUCUAACUCCUAUUGAUAAAACUUGAAUGUAGGUGAAACCUCGCUGCCUCUGUCAUGAGUCUCAUUCUCCCUUUCUGUGCUGUACUAAUUUGUUCAUGAAGGAGAACAAGAUGAUGCCCUUCCCCUCCACCCCCCACUUCUCGCUACCGCUGACUUCCCCCUCCCACAUCCCAGGCACUCCUUCCAGGUCCUCCUCCUUGGGCACGAAGGGAACAGAACUGGUGUGAUUUUGCUGUACAGGAGGACACCAAACAAUACUAAGGGACAUCCAUGUGGGUUCCUCAUCCCCUGUCCCUAAGGGAAACAGUUCUGCAGGGUGCUUCAUUUCCCACAGAGCACAGGAAGGCUUUGAGAGAAGGGUUAGAAUGGCUGGUUGGUGUAUAGGCCAAAUUCCCCUGCCUACAGCAAUGCAGCUGCUGUGGAAGCUACUGUGGCUCCAAUGCAGUAGCCCCACUGUUGUACUAAGGGCAAAAGGGCAGAUUCCGUGUGCACCUAGCCCCCGUGGAAUCGGCGUGUAUGCAGUCCAUAUUUCACUUGCACCAUUCCCUGAGCUAUAUAUGAUGCACCACACUCUUAAUUUUAAUACUUAGGAGUUAAUUUUGUCAUAAUAAUGGUGGACGCUGUUCUCUUAUUUCUCCCUCCAUUAAAGCCCUGCCCGUUUCGUGAGCUGGAGUGAUACUUGCAUAGCAAGAGGCUAAUAUGUGACAUUUAACCACUAUCCCUGAAAACUGCUCGCCAGAAUUCUUGCAAAACUAUUCAGUAUGUUCCCCUUCUAGCUUUUGAAAUGAGUGACAGCGCUUCAGUUCAGAUAACGGGAAGCUAAGGCUGGUGUUUCUCACAAAGGACGUGGUUCGUUCCUAAUAAAACCUUAAGCUAAGAAAUGGCAUGUGGCCCUUGUUUUUUAGGGCCUAAAAUAAAACUUUCAUAGAAUUGAUUCAGAAAGCUUUAUUUUCCCUUCUUCCUUGAAGGAGCCUGAAAGCUGAAAAGAGGAGGAGCUGAAAAGAGGUGAUACGUGGUGGGAAUUUCCCCAUUGCAGGCAUAUGAAUUGCCUUCCUGUUCUUCAGCAGUCUAGGUUCAACCACUCCUAGAGUUUACCCUUUUUUUUUUUUUGCAGGGGAAGUGGAGAGUCAGCAUGGCUGGACGAGUAUUAGCCAAAUUUGUGUUCUCUUCUUUUACUGCUGUUUUGUUCUCCCUGUUGUUCUCUGCUAUGCAGUGUUCAGGGCAGAUUUGUGGAGAAUUUGAAUAUCCCUUACAUAACCGAUGCUGCAAGGAAUGUGCUCCUGGUGAGGGAAUGAGAAACCGCUGCUUGCCAUCAUCCGAAUCCGAGUGCGUCCCCUGCCAAAAUGGAUACUAUAACUCAAAGCAUAACUACUAUCCGUGCAAAAGCUGCACCGUCUGUUACACAGAUAGGGGAAGCAUGGAGGUGAAGAAGUGUGAUAAGAUCUCAGAUACAGUUUGUGUGUGCAUGAAGGGUUACACCCCAUACGACAGCAGAUCGUCAGAGGAAUCUCCGUCAGGAAGAGAAUGCUUCCCUUGUCCUGAUGGGCAUUUUUCCGAUGGAAACAAUGACAGAUGUCGGCCCUGGACCAACUGCACGGCUUAUGGUAAAAAGACUCUCAGAGCUGGGACAAAAAUAGAAGAUGCCAUCUGCGAUGACCAGGACAAACAGGCCACCACAUUCCAAACAUCCACCUUAUACCUCUCUAUCAUCAGCCGCAGAAGCAAUGGAUCUACUACAGCACCCACCCCCUUCACGUCCAAAGACGCCCUUUCCACCACUCCCAUUAAAAAGGAGACUAACUGGGGGUCUUUAUCGCUCAUUUUGAUUUGCUUAACAUUGCUCAUGGUAUCUGGAAUGUCCAUCCUCCUCUUGAUUAUCCAGACAACCAAAAAGGAGAAGCCAAAGAGGCCUCUUGUGAAUGGACAACUUGAUGGAAGGAGCUUUCGAAUUCCUAUCCAGGAAGAGCAAAUCGACUCCAAUUCCAGCCUUAUCAAAAACUGAUUCCCUGUUUUACUACAGUGUACUGUCAUCUGAGCCAAACAGUAGGAACCUAGCAAUGCAACCGGGGCGGCUCCAGGCACCAGUGCAGCAAGCGCGUGCCUGGGGCAGCAAGCUGCGGGGGGAGCCUGCCGGUCGCUGUGAGGGCAGCAGGCAGGUGGCUUUUGGCAGCGCACUUGCGGGAGAUCCGCCGGUCCCGUGGCUUCGCUGGCAAUUCGGCGGCAGGGACGCUGAUGGUGCAGCACCGGUGGACCUCCCGCAGGCAUGCCGCCGAAUCCACGUGACCAGCAGACCUCCGGCUGGUGUGCCACCGAAAGCUGCCUGCCUGCCUGCCGUGCUUUGGGCGGCAAAAAACGUAGAGCCGCCCCUGAAUGCAAUAACUACUCCCCAUGUAAAGGAAUAUUCUAUAUGCGUUGAUGUUCGUUCCAGGGCCUAUGUCUCCUUUCUGGUCUCUCUGAGUGCACCCCUUCGGGUCUUAGGCCUUAUGCCUGUUCCUCUCUUGGGGGGGAAUCAUGUGAUUCUCCCACUCUUAGACUGAGACAUGGGCUGUAGUACCAUGGGUAUCAACUGAGCUUACUGAGCAGGUCCAACUGAGUUUGGGCACUGUUCUUCCCUUUGGGAGUUUGUGAGCAGCAGUAUAUGGUGAGCAGACCUUUUUGAACCCAAACUAUUGUAUUUAGCAAUAGCAGAAUGCAUUAGAGAGAGGAUUUCAAAACAAGUCUAGCUCUACCAUCGUUUGGCGACCUAGGCAGGCCUAGCAUCUCCAGACCCCCCACGUGGCUCCUCUUUCCGAGUCUCAUUCCAGUCUGGUUUCACUUUUGGCUCUCCCUCCCCCUGAGAGAGUGACCCCCUUUAAACCUUGCUAGGAUGCUUUGUUGUCUUGUGUUUUGUGGGCCUUGGCCUUUCCUGGUCAAAACAGUUUUGUAGGUUUGUCUGGAGACAUGAGAACAGAAUCGUGGAAGGUAAUAACUCCAGAACUGCCUCUUAACAGUUUUUAAGCAUUUGUUGAGAGGUGGUAAUCUGGAGCCAUUCUGCUUCUUUCUGCCGGUCAGACUCCUGUUAAGCUAAAUCAGUGUAUUCAUAUCAUCCCAGUAACCCUUAUUAGAGGAUAGUCCAAAUCCAUGUAUCUGUGUAUGAGGGCAGAGUCUUUAUAUUCACAACCUUGAGAGAAAGCAAAUUCAGAUACGUGGGGAGAAGAUUAAAAGACGGCCACUCAGAGAACAAGCAUGCAGCGUGUUCCAAUUUCAGACUUUAGCACUCAGCAUUUGUACUGCUACUUCACCUGCAAACCCCCCACACACCCACUCUUGUGCUUCCUGUUUACAUUCAUGUGCAUCACAACGAACAUCCUGUUAAGAUGGGUGUUUGCAGAGGGGAAAAAGAAGGUGAAGAGUGGGAACAGGCUGCAUGAAAAGCAAAUGCAGAGACUAUGAGAAAAGGGAGGGGAGUGGAGGAAAAGAGCACUUCCAAUGAAAGCAUAAAUAGUAGUUAUUGGGCCAGAUCCUAACCCACUGACUUCAGUAGAACCACGUGUGUGCCACUGGGGAUCUGGCCUACUGUCUUUGUCUAUGUUGUGUGUUUGGCCCCAAUGUGUACGAGCGUAGCUUUCGAGAAUUCUUCUGGCCCUGACAUCACAAUUAAACUGAAUCGCCACAUGGAACGAAAAUCCAAUCAAACCCCAGCUGACUAUGCAAAGCCCCAAAUAGUUGGAGGUUCACAAACCGUUGGGCUCCCCUGUCGCUGAUUCUUGCCACUUUCCACUGUUGCUUUUGGACCUCUUUCUGUGCCCACAGAAUUAUCAUUGUUCACUAACUAAUCUCAGCAAACCCCACUCUGAAUACAGUUGUUGUCUUGUUAGCCUGGCAGAACACAACAAUGUAAACAAUUGAAAGAACACAAGGCCCCCUAGAUAUAAUAUUUCUUCUUCUUGAAAUGAGGCGUCGGCUGGGAGUAGCCAAUAGACUGAUAUUCCAGUGCAACCCCCAGGGCUUUCUGCAGCUAGCAUUAUAGUAGAGCUCUGCAGAAUCCCACCAGUAAUGGAUAGACAGUCCAGACCCAGGCUGCCAUUCUGUAUUUGAACACUUUGGGGGAGUUCACACUCAAGAACUGAACAAGCACUGGGCCUGCUCCUGCUCCCGGUUGAAAUAAAUAGUUUGGCAGUUCAUUUCAGUUGGAGCAGGAACAUGCUCAAUGAACAAAUGCUACACUGGUUGCCAAGUGUGUCUGUAGUGGAGGUGCUGCACGUCUUCUCGUUGGCUCAUAUAUUUUCAAGGGGGUGAAUGAUUUUUAAAGUUAAUGGGAGGUGCCCUAUUAAAUACAAGCUGUGAAACGGGUCUUGGGCAAAUCACUGAAUCCCUCUGUUCCUCAGUCUGCCUGUCUGUAAAAUGGGAGUGAUGAUAUUUACCUCCUUCCUGGCUGAGUGGGUGAGAUUUAAUGUGAAGUACUCUUUCAGAGCUCUUUCCAAACUGAGGAGUGGCAAGUUUUGUUAUUGGCAUCCAACAGCGACAAAAACAAAGGAUAAGCCUUUGUACUGUACACAUGAAUAAGUUAAUUAUCCCCUACAUAUUUUGGUUUGUCUAAUAUAAAUGGGUCUAGUUUAUUACAUACCCUAUGGUUCCAGUUCUGCAAACAUAUACGAACUAGCCUCCAGAGAGACGACUACUGGGCUUAAAGCUAAGUGUUUGCAUCAGUGUUUGCAGGAUCAGGACCUUACUGUGUGUGUACCUACUUAUGUGCAUAUAUUGUAAUAUAUUUUACAUGUAUACUCACAAUGAUGUAAAGUGUGAUUAUUAUUAUUAUAUGUAUAUUUAACAUACCUGUAAGGGUGUGUCCACACUGCAGUUAGACACUUGCAGCUGACCUGUGCCAGCUG